UGUUGUAAAUAAUGGGAGGAUGAUAGAAAAAGAAGCAAGAACCAAAUUCAUGCAGAUUGUUGCAGCUCUGCGCUAUUGUCACAAACGUGGGAUUGUCCACAGAGAUCUCAAAGCUGAAAAUUUACUCUUAGAUAAAGAUCUUAAUAUCAAGCUGGCAGACUUUGGCUUCAGUAAUUUCUAUACUCCUGGUGUUUUAUUAUCAACAUGGUGUGGCUCACCUCCUUAUGCUGCUCCAGAACUUUUUGAAGGCAAAGCAUAUGAUGGCCCAAAGGCAGAUAUAUGGAGUUUGGGAGUUAUAUUGUAUGUUCUGGUGUGUGGUUACCUGCCUUUUGAUGCAAAUACCCUGCAGACCCUACGAUCAAUUGUUGUAGCAGGGAAAUUUAGAAUACCUUUCUUCAUGUCUGCAGAAUGUGAGAAUCUGAUAACAAAGAUGCUGCAAGUGGAUCCAGACAGAAGAUUAAGUAUAGAAAGGAUAAUGCAGCAUAAAUGGAUAACACAGGAAAGUCUUGAUCCAAGAAUUGAUGAAGUGUUACAGCAUUACAAUACUCCAGAGAGUGACAAUCCC